AAUCCCUCUCCAGGGGAGGCUUGAUUUUGGAGCGCUUCUUGGAUCGCUCCUUCGCUUGGAAAAUCGCUCCUGAUUGAGCUUGCAGCAUCCCCGAAAUAGCCACGUGCAUCGUUCCACCAUCCCGGGGAAUGCUCGGAAGACCUUUGUUCUUCACCGCGGUCCUAUCGGUGAUGUCACAUGGCAACUCAGUGGAGCAGGGUCUCAAUAGAACAUCGAACGGUCAGGUCAAUUCAGACAGCGCCAGGAACGCCACAGAACAACUCUCCAGUAAAAUUUGCAAUCCCUUCUGUGAGACUGUCUCCCAUCCGCUGCCCGAUGACGUGCAAAUCGACAUCCUGAACAAUGAUGAAAAGAUGAAGCGAUACUUCAAUAAGGACGUCUUCAGAGACUUCGACCUCUAUAGAUCUCGCCAUUCGAGAGAUCCGGAAUACGUUCAGCUGUGCAAAACGCUCAUACAAUUCGAGCAGCCGGAGGCCGCUAUGGACGUACAUGGAACGCGGCAUUUCCUUCUGAACCCCCGGAAAGGAGAGUACGCGCAGAGGGUCGACGUCGAGAUCUGCCAGGAAUCUGGUCUACCGUGCGCCGAAAUCAACGACUAUGUCUCCCCCGGCACGGCUACUCGUUGCGAAACGCAAUUCUUCAAGAGAGGAAUGGUCGCGGUCAAUCCCGAAUCUCUGGAAACGUACGAAAUCGUUGUCCGGGUUCCGUCCGGUUGUAACUGCUUCAUACAGAAGACGCUGCUGGUGACUUCUUGAAAACAUACGCGUGCUUCGUGCGUGACAAGACCGUAGUCUAUCAAGACAUGAGAUCGAUCAGAUUGGUCUUGCCUGCAGAUCGUGGGAGACCAUUUCUCGAGGAUUCGAAAGAAACAGAGAACACGAAGGACAAUGCUUCGAAUAAAAAGACGAGAAGGUGAACACU